AUGAAGACUCAGUUACUCAUACGUCGAACGUAUUCCUCUACCAUCACUCACAGUGCAAAUGCUAAAAUCACUCAUCUCUCCCGUACAGGGCAUGUUCAUGAAGCCCGGAGGCUUUUCGAAUCAUAUAAAUAUAAAUCAGUCUCUUCCUGGAACUCUAUGGUAGCUGGGUAUUUUGCAAACCGCAUGAUUCGUGAUGCACAGCUUCUGUUCGACGAAAUGCCUGAGAGAAACAUUAUCUCUUGGAACGGGUUGGUUACCGGGUACUUGAAGAACGGGGAGAUAGAAGAAGCUAGGAAAGUGUUCGAUGAAAUGCCUGAGAAGAAUGUUGUCUCAUGGACUGCGAUGGUUAAAGGGUAUGUGCAGAAUGGUAAGGUGGAUGUGGCUGAGACGUUGUUUUGGAAAAUGCCUGAGAAGAAUGAGGUUUCUUGGACUGUGAUGCUUCAUGGGUUUAUUAAAGAUGGGCGAAUAGAUGAUGCUCGUAAGCUGUUCGAUAUGAUGCCUGUGAAAGAUAAUAUCGCAAAGACUAGUAUGGUUCUUGGUUUGUGCAGAGAAGGAAGAGUUGAUGAGGCAAGAGAGAUUUUUGAUGAGAUGUCUGAUAGAAAUGUGAUUACUUGGACUACAAUGCUCACAGGAUACAGGCAGAAUAAUCGAGUUGACGAUGCUAGGAAGCUUUUUGAUGAGAUGCCAGAGAAAACUGAAGUUUCAUGGACUUCCAUGCUUGUGGGAUAUACACUGAAUGGACGAAUUGAGGACGCUGAAGAAAUUUUUGAAGCUAUGCCGAUGAAGUCGGUUCUUUCAUGUAAUGAUAUGAUUGUUGGGUUUGGAAAGAAAGGAGAGAUAGCUAAAGCAAGGAAGGUUUUUGAUUCAAUGAAAGAGAGAGAUGAUGCAACUUGGAGAGUGAUGAUCCAGAUGUACGAAAGAAACGGUUUUGAAUUGGAGGCUCUUCAUUUAUUUGCUCUGAUGCAGAAACAGGGAGUCAGACCGACUUUUUCGACAUUGAUCAGCGUUCUUUCGGCCUGCGCCAGCUUAGCAAGCCUCCACCAUGGUAGACAGAUCCACACUCAGUUGGUGAGAUGUCAAUUUGUUGAUGAUGUGUUUGUUGCGUCGGUUUUGAUGACUAUGUACAUUAAAUGCGGCGAGCUUGUGAAAUCAAAGCUAAUCUUUGACAGGUUUCCUUCAAAGGAUAUUAUCAUGUGGAAUGCAAUCAUAUCUGGUUAUGCCUCGCACGGUCUAGGAGAGGAAGCUGUAAAGGUUUUCUGUGAGAUGCCUUUGUCUAAUAGUACUAAGCCUAAUGAAGUGACCUUCGUUGCAACUCUCACAGCAUGUAGCUACGCUGGGAUGGUUGAGGAAGGGAUUAAGAUCUUUGAAUCUAUGGAACCAGUUUUUGGUGUUAGGCCAAUAACCGCGCAUUAUGCUUGCAUGGUAGAUAUGUUUGGGCGAGCAGGACGGUUUGAUGAGGCAAUGAAACUGAUUGAAAAUAUGACCGUGGAACCGGAUGCUGCAGUUUGGGGUUCUCUAUUGGGAGCGUGUAAAACUCACUCGCAGCUGGAUUUGGCAGAAUUUGCUGCAAAGAAAGUCAUAGAGAUUGAACCGGAGAAUUCUGGGACUUACGUCUUGCUGUCCAACAUUUAUGCAUCUCAAGGUAGGUGGGGUGAUGCUGCAGAGCUGAGAAAAGUUAUGAAAACAAGGAUGGUAAGAAAGUCACCAGGUUGUAGCUGGAUUGAAUUUGGGAAGAAGGUUCACGCGUUUACUCGUGGGGGUAUUAGUAGCCAUCCCGAGCAAGAAUCAAUCGAGAAGAUAUUGGAGGAACUGGAUGGGUUAAUGGGAGAAGCCGGGUAUAAUCCUGAUUACAGCAAUGCAUUGCAUGAUAUAGAUGAGGAAGAGAAAGCCGAUAACCUGAGAUACCAUAGCGAGAGACUCGCAGUGGCUUACGGUCUGUUGAAGUUACCUGAAGGAGAACCCAUUCGAGUAAUAAAAAAUCUUAGAGUUUGUAGGGAUUGCCACGCAGCGAUCAAAAUAAUCUCUAAGGUGAAAAAGAGGGAGAUCAUUCUAAGAGACACAAACAGAUUCCAUCACUUCAGGAACGGGGAGUGUUCCUGUAAAGAUUAUUGGUGA